GGCCCCCGACGCCGGCGUGACGUCACCACGCCGGGCGGCCGCCAUUACAGAAAGCCUGGUCCCGAGCUAGGGCGAGCGGAGGAGGAGGCACCGCGGCCGGCGGCCCAGUACUGCGGAGCGAAGCUAGCGGGCCGACGCCAGCGCCUAGCAGCCGCCAGGGGCCGCAGGAAGCACCCCGGGGAGCGGCGGCGGCGUGUGCGUGUGGCCCGGGUGCGGGCGGCGGCGCGGGAGCAGCGCGGAGCGGCAGCCGGUUCGGGCGGGCGUCAUCAUGGACGAGAAGUUGUUCACCAAGGAGCUGGACCAGUGGAUCGAGCAGCUGAACGAGUGCAAGCAGCUCUCCGAGUCCCAGGUCAAGAGCCUCUGCGAGAAGGCUAAAGAAAUCCUGACAAAGGAAUCCAACGUGCAAGAGGUUCGAUGUCCAGUCACUGUGUGUGGAGAUGUACACGGGCAAUUUCAUGACCUCAUGGAACUUUUUAGAAUUGGUGGUAAAUCACCAGAUACAAAUUACUUGUUUAUGGGAGACUAUGUGGACAGAGGAUAUUACUCAGUUGAAACAGUUACACUGCUUGUAGCUCUUAAGGUUCGUUACCGUGAGCGUAUCACCAUACUCCGAGGGAAUCAUGAGAGCAGACAGAUCACACAGGUUUAUGGUUUCUACGAUGAGUGUUUAAGGAAAUAUGGAAAUGCAAACGUUUGGAAAUACUUCACAGACCUUUUUGACUACCUUCCUCUCACUGCCUUGGUGGAUGGGCAGAUCUUCUGUCUACAUGGUGGUCUGUCACCGUCCAUAGACACACUGGAUCACAUCCGAGCACUUGAUCGCCUACAAGAAGUUCCUCAUGAGGGUCCAAUGUGUGACUUACUGUGGUCAGAUCCAGACGACCGUGGUGGCUGGGGGAUAUCUCCUCGAGGAGCUGGUUAUACCUUUGGCCAAGAUAUUUCUGAGACAUUUAAUCAUGCCAAUGGCCUCACGUUGGUGUCCAGAGCUCACCAGCUGGUAAUGGAGGGAUAUAACUGGUGCCAUGACCGGAAUGUAGUAACAAUUUUCAGUGCUCCAAACUAUUGCUAUCGUUGCGGUAACCAAGCUGCAAUCAUGGAACUUGAUGACACUCUUAAGUAUUCUUUCUUGCAGUUUGAUCCAGCACCUCGUAGAGGCGAGCCACAUGUCACUCGUCGUACCCCAGACUACUUCCUGUAAUGGAAAUUUAAACUUGUACAGUAUUGCCAUGAACCGUAUAUUGACCUAAUGGAAAUGGGAAGAGCAACAGUAACUUCAAAGUGUCAGAAAAUAGUUAACAUUCAAAAAACUUGUUUUCACACGGACCAAAAGAUGUGCCAUAUAAAAAUACAAAGCCUCUUGUCAUCAACAGCCGUGACCACUUUAGAAUGAACCAGUUCAUUGCAUGCUGACGCGACAUUGUUGGUCAAGAAUCCAGUUUCUGGCAUAGCGCUAUUUGUAGUUACUUUUGCUUUCUUGAGAGACUGCAGAAAUAGGAUGUAAACAUUAACACCCGUGAGUCCAGUUGACUUCCACUUAGCUGUAGCUUACUCCGCAUGACUGUAGAUGAGGAUAGCAAACAAUCAUUGGAGCUUAAUGAACAUUUUUAAAUAAGUACCAAGGCCUCCCCUCUUGUUUCUUUUCAGGGAUACCAUUUAAUUUAAUUGUAUGAUUUGUCUGCACUCGGUUUAUUCCCUUCUCCAAUCUCAGCCCCACGUUGUUCUUUGUUAUUGUCAGAAACCCUGGUGAGUUGUUUUGGAUAGAACUGUUUCCCCUCCUGUAAGAUGACGUCACUGCACAGUCACCGCAGUGUUUUCAUAAUAAACUUGAGAACGGAGAAAGUCAGCUUUGGAUUGUAUCAGUGGGCACGACUGGUGCUGUUUAUUACACAAGAUAAAUCAAUUGAUUUCGGAAUUUGUAGAAUUCCAGGUAAAGAAAAAUAAAGAUCAAGGCCACUGUGUAACCUCUCUGGCAACUCCUUGGCGUUCUUCAGAAGAACUUGGGGACUUGUUUGUCUGACAUUGCAGUUUGUCUUGUUGCUGGCCUGCGCUUGUGAAAGGAAUCUGCUGCUUCAGUAGGACUUGAUUGUUAACCAUAGAACUCAAGAGUUUGUUUUUAGGAUUUUACUUAAAAUGGCAUGUUUUCAGGUAGAACUUAACAAACUAAAUGAUGUGUCUAAUAGUGUAGUUUCUGGUUAUAAAUAUAUUGCUAUGUAUAUUUCAUGACUCUUUAAAAUGAUUGACAGAAUGGUAAGUUCUUAACAAACAUUUGUACAUUUCUUGUCAAGUCGUGAUCUUAGAGUUAAAUUUGUCUCAGAUAAGCUGUUAGAGCCUUAGCCUGUGUUAAGUUCCUUAAGCGGUAAAUCAGUGAAGCCAAGUAGGAGCCAACUUUUGGGUUAGGGUUUGUGUUUUGUCCCAGACCUGAGAGUGGUACCUGAGUGCUGUGAUCAGCAGGUUUUCCCUUAUAUUCUUUGACUUGGCAUAGAAAACGAAGAGUUCUUCUGCGGGGACUGAAUAUUUGGGCAGACAUCAGGAUGCGUAAUCAUUGCUGUGUGAGUGUGGUAAAUAAAUGCUUCCUUGCUUUGUA